CUCUCUGCGGGUUUGGCUGCUGGCGGCCUGCCCUCAAUCUGCCUGUGUUCGGCCUGUCCUUGCUCUGUCUGCACUCGGCGAUCCCCGGCGUCUCGUAAUGCCAGGCGACGACUGGAUCUCGUUCGUUGUUAUUGGACUUCCCCUACUCAUCCCUCCUCCUUUGGAACCAAGCCCGGAGCUGCUGCAAGCCGCUGCUGGAUGGGCCUUUGCAACCCGGCUGGCGUUCUCGUUCGUCCCGGCCUGGAUUGGCAAAUCUACUCAUAGUCCCUAUGGGCUUGUCAAGAAGGCAGUGAGUUCGCUGCUCUUCGGACUCGUAGCGACCCUGCUGGGCACCGCCCUCUUGUUGGUGGUGUUUGUCCUGUUUGGCUCUCCGUUGGCAAGCUAUGGAGUCGAGACUGCGAUUGCGGCGUUCUAUGUCUCGACUAUCUUGUUCUUUCCUAUCGGCAGUCUGUGGAGACUCGACUGGAGGAGUAUGAUCGAUGCUGAGCACCGAGGCCAGUGCAGCCACCUCUGGCUGCUGCUCGGCGAUGUCCUUGUGCUGGCGACCCUUGCAAUCUGGGCAAGUACCUUCUGUCUGCCUCUGGAUUGGCAGUGGACUUGGCAGAAAUGGCCGAUUCCAUGUCUGUGGGCCGCCUAUCUCGCUUCACUUGCCCUGACGCUCGUCUACGGAGCUACAGCUGCUCUCUUUGAGCGGGGCUGAAGGUACUCGUUGUGGGCCCUACAAGAAGAGAGCGAAAGAGCUCAUACACAUCAAAUGCUGCCAGUACCCACGCAUGGAGCAAAGCGACUCGUUUGACUCGGCUUCCGGAUUUUCAGAAAUCACACCUUGCAUGGAGCUCUCCAGAGGCCGAAUACGUGUUGUAUCUCAAGGCAAUCCUCCCAAACCAACAAAUAUGACCCAGAAUGAAACACCUUGUUGAGCCCAGAUGGCGAUUUUUUUCUGGAUGUGAAUACACACCCCAUCCAUCGCCCACCA